CAGCGCUUCAAAUUGCAAUCGAAAUGUUGCUGCUGAUGCUGGUGCUAGUCGGAGCGGUCGCUGGUGGCUACGAUCACAGUGUCAACUACUGGCAGGCCUUUGCGCCGGGCAAGCUGCUGCAGCGGCUGGAUGCGCUCACCAAUGCCGAUGACGUGCAGCCGGGUCGGGCUGAGGCUCUAGCGGCACAGCUGCCGGUGGCCCAGGCCAAGCUGGACGAGGAUGCGGCCGAUGACGAUACGGAUGCGGAUGAACUGGAGACGGAAACAGAUGCAGCUGAUGAUGAUGACGUGGACGUGGAACUGGAGCCGAGUAGCCACAGCAUCGAGGGCCAUUCUGGCGAGGAUUACGAGCGCAAUUACGAGCAGUUUGUGCGGCAGUACUUCGAUCGCAUACCCGAGGACAGCGACGAGGAUGCGGCCGAGCAGGAGGGGAGCGUUGAGUCCCAAGCCGAGGCAAGCAAUCUGCAGCAGCAGCAGAAGCCCAAGCAGACGCAGCCGACUAGCUGCCGUCGCGUCCGUCGCCACGGCCAGCUGUGCGAAAUAUGCCGCGAGCCGCGCAACAACGAGGUCUCCGAGACGUGCAGCUACUCGCACGAGGAGCAGCCGGAGCAGUACGCCUACGGCAGUGGCAGCCAGUACAGGCGCUAUCGGGACAUAGCGCCCGAGGAGGAUCAGAGCGAGGAGCAGCCAAGGCAGUCGAUGCCGACGCCACGGCAGCGUCGCUAUGGCAAGCGGCACACGACAAUUGUGCAGCCAGCAGGAGGCGCCACCAGGAGCAGCACUCCCAGCAGCAGCAGCAGCGGCGAGAGCAGCAGCCUCUGCGAGCGUCGCCUGGUGGGCAAGAGCGUCUGCUACGAGUGCAAGGAUGGCGGCGGACAGCAGCUGCGCCGCUGCUACGACGCGGAGCUGAAUAAGCUGAGCAAGAGCAAGAGCAGCGCUCAGCCGCACGCCAGGCAGUCGCAGCAGCAGCGCAUCUACAAGCGCACCAUCAGCUACAGCUAUGCCCAGGGCAGCCGCCAGGGCGAUGGCGUUGACGAUGGCCUGACCACAGCGGCUCCAGCUCUGGCCAUGAAUAGUACCGUUAUGCCAGCGCUGGCCACGGGCGCAUCCCCGCCUCCUGCUCGCCGGCUGACCAAAGUUGUGCGCCGACGUCUGCCAGCAAAAAUUACUACUGCUUAGUGGGCGUGGCA